AUGCCAAAGUCACCACACAGGACAAAUUUUCAGUCACUCUACCCUGUUAUAAUUUUAUUGACACACCUUGCAUUGGAAGCACAAUCUUGGAGGAUACGAAGAGAGUUAGACGGUGAAGGAGAAGGACCUGAAGCAGAUAUGAUACCAACAGAAGAAUGUUAUCAUAAAUACAGUGAAGAGAAUCAUUUCAAAGUGUUUUCAAAUUUUCUGAAUCGAAAGAAUUCCUCACAUUACUCUCCGAUUGCACCAUCCUAUCAACAAGCCCUUCUUAGUAUGCAGAUGAAGGGGCUGAAACACGGUGAGCAGAUUACGAAGAGCUCGUCAAAAUGCAAUAGUAGAAAGAUGGACACGAUCAGUGCGGAGACACCACUUAGAGACAGAGCGUUGUGCAAGUUUGAAUAUGUGCUGAACUAUAACCCAAAGAGGUUACCAGCUGCGUUAACAGAAGUGAAAUGUAGUUGUCCUCGACCAAAUCCAAAGUUAGUGGGGAAGCGUAUCUUUGAAUGUGAGCAUCUACGAUAUCAGGUCCGCGUUUUGAUGUGGGAUGAUAGUUGUAACACAUUUCGGGAGCACGUGGAAACAAUCGCCUUAGCAUGCAUUCCAGUUAUUCAGGCUAACGCUAAUGCUGAUGGUGACGAGGACUUUGUCUACACAAUUAAAGCAGAAAUUCCCAUUUAA